ACAGUGACAGGUAAAACUGGAAUAAAAAGUGGGUCUUCUUUGUCCCCUUCAACAACUCCUCUUCUUUCUUCAGACAUUUUCAUCUCCGAUUUAGGGUUUUGACUCUCUCUCCACAACAAUCCGUCUCUCCAACCGCACUCACUGUUUGGGGCAGUUUACGGACGGAUUAUUAGGGAAGAUCCUGCUUUUACAGGGAAGAUCCUGCAAGGGAUGGGUUUCUACUUUUGAUGUCUCUCUAUUGAUGGUUUGGUUAAAAGGGUUCUGAGACUGGGCAGCUGCUUGAUACUCAUUUCACUAUGUCACGUUUAUAGCCGAGGUUAAAAGUUGAAACUAAUAUCUGCAGCUGUUGCAGACUUUGGAUCUCAGAUGGAUGACAGCGGUCAUCGUGAAAAUGGAAGGCAUAAGCCAGCUCAGGGUCAGUGGUUGAUGCAGCAUCAACCGUCUAUGAAGCAGAUAAUGGCCAUUAUGCAAGAAAGAGAUGCUGCUAUUCAAGAAAGAAAUUUGGCCAUGUCCGAAAGGAAGACAGCACUGGCGGAGCGAGACAUGGCUAUCCUGCAGCGAGAUUCAGCAAUUGGAGAACGAAAUAAUGCCAUUAUGGAACGAGACAAUGCCAUUGCUACUCUUCAGUAUCGAGAAAACUCCAUGAACAGUGGUAAUGUGUCCCCUUGCCCACCAGGAUGCCAAAUUUCACGUGGGGUUAAGCAUAUGCACCAUCCACAGCAGCAUUUACAUCAUCAGGCCCACUUGGGCGAACCUACAUACAAUACAAGAGACGUGCACAUGAGUGAUGCCCUCCAAAUGUCUCCAGUUGCUUCAGAGCCUCCAAAGUCCCGGCGGACUAAACGCUCAAAGGAGGCCAAAGUAAUGACAACUAUUAAAAAGGCUUCAAAAUCUUCAAAGAGGGUUAAAAAGGAAGGUGAGGACCUGAACAAGAUGAUGUUUGGCAAAUCAAAUGCAUGGAAGGGAGGACAUGAUGUGGGUGGCGGGGGUGAUGACCUCAACCAACAACACAUGGGCAUGCCAAAAUCUGAUUGGAAGAAUCAGGACCUGGGGCUAAACCAGGUUGCAUUUGAUGAUUCAACCAUGCCAGUGCCAGUCUGCUCAUGUACUGGAACCCUGAGGCCGUGCUAUAAAUGGGGUAAUGGUGGUUGGCAAUCUUCAUGCUGCACAACCACCGUGUCUAUGUAUCCGCUGCCCGCGGUGCCUAACAAGCGUCAUGCUAGAGUAGGUGGUCGGAAGAUGAGUGGAAGUGCUUUCAGCAAGCUGCUUAGCCGGCUCGCCGCAGAGGGGCAUGAUCUAUCAAAUCCAAUUGAUCUUAAGGACCAUUGGGCGAAACACGGUACAAAUCGCUACAUCACCAUCAAAUAGAUUUGUAAAGAAUGUUGCAAAUGUAUGGAGGAUAAAUAAAGUCAGAGAACAGCAUCCAAUGAUAAGGGUAUGCAUGCUCGAAGUAGGAUGUCCAGCCUAAUUAUCAGUUACCAUAUUUUUCCGUCUCUGUGUCUUCUCCUCUCGCCAUAUAAAAGGAUGUUGACAAAAGGAUAAGGAGCUGUGUUCAUGCUAAUAUGUCGAAAUUGAACCAUCUAUUCAUGCAACUAAAUAUAAUUGUAAAGCAGGUUUGUAUUUCAAAUGUUGUUGUAUUUGCAUUGACCAUAAAUGUUUAAUUUAUCAUAGGUGUUUUAGUAGGUGUUGCCACGUUGUGUCUCUAGAGUUUCUGGUUUGUCAAUGUAAAAUAUGAUGACAUGCUUUUAUAAAUUUUGUAGCUGUUUGAUAAUCUAAUGCUAAAGAUGCGGUGGAAA